UUCGGACGGACAGAUAGACCGACCGACGGCGGCGACAGCCGUAGACUGAGGGAGAGCGCGCGGCGGGAGGGAUCAGGAGUCCGCAGCAGGAGCGGGGGCCAGACCGCAGCCUCCGCCGACAGCGCCAUGGACGGCUCCGACAAUGCCACCCUGCUCUUCGGCCCGUCCUCUCUGCAGCCGGACAACUACACGCUGUCGCCCAACGCCAGCAGCCUAAGCCCCGGCUCGGACUUCCCUCUCGCUCCCACCUCCAGCCCCAGCCCCAGCCCGGGGCUCAGUCUCGGGCCCGGCCCCAGCGUCAGUUUCAGCCCCGGCGCCACUCCGACCCCGGAGCCGACGACCACCAGUAGCCUCGCUGGCGGCGUGGGGACCCUCGGCGCCUCUUCGUUCCCUCGGCCCUGGGCCCCCCACGAGCCCCCGUUCUGGGACACGCCGCUGAACCACGGACUGAACGUGUUCGUGGGCGCGGCCCUGUGCAUCACCAUGCUGGGCCUGGGCUGCACGGUGGACGUGAACCACUUCGGGGCGCACGUCCGCCGGCCGGUGGGCGCCGUGCUGGCCGCGCUCUGCCAGUUCGGCUUCCUGCCGCUGCUAGCCUUCCUGCUGGCCCUCAUCUUCUCGCUGGAUGAGGUGGCCGCGGUGGCGGUGCUCCUGUGUGGCUGCUGUCCUGGCGGGAAUCUCUCCAACCUUAUGUCCCUGCUGGUGGACGGCGACAUGAACCUCAGCAUCAUCAUGACCAUCUCAUCCACGCUCCUGGCCCUGGUGUUGAUGCCCUUGUGCCUGUGGAUCUACAGUCGGGCCUGGAUCAACACCCCUUUGGUGCAGUUACUGCCGCUAGGGGCGAUCACCCUGACGCUCUGCAGCACCCUCAUCCCUAUAGGCUUGGGCAUCUUCAUUCGCUACAAAUACAACCGGGUGGCUGACUACAUCGUGAAGGUUUCCUUGUGGUCUCUGCUAGUGACGCUGGUGGUCCUUUUCAUACUGACUGGCACUAUGUUAGGACCGGAGCUGCUGGCAAGAAUUCCUGCAGCUGUUUAUGUGGUGGCCAUUUUCAUGCCUUUGGCAGGCUAUGCCUCAGGCUAUGGCUUAGCUACCCUCUUCCACCUUCCACCCAACUGCAAGAGGACUGUGUGCCUGGAAACAGGUAGUCAGAAUGUGCAGCUCUGUACUGCUAUUCUGAAGCUGGUCUUUCCUCCACGGUACAUAGGAAGUAUGUACAUGUUUCCCUUACUCUAUGCUCUCUUCCAGUCUGCAGAAGCAGGGAUUUUCGUUUUGAUAUAUAAAAUGUAUGGAGGUGAAGUAUUGCACAAGCGAGAGCCUCUAGAUGAAGACGAAGAUACAGAUAUUUCUUACAAGAAACUUAAAGAAGAGGAAAUGGCAGACACUUCCUAUGGCACAGUAAAGGCAGAUAAUUUAAUCAUGAUGGAGACCACCCAGACUUCUCUUUAAAGAUGGAGAUCCCUC